GCUUUGUGGUCCGCCUCGAGGCUACUUUGACUGCAUCACUAGCUUCAGCUCAAGUUCGUAACCGCUCACUGCGUAUUUUCUGGGUCCUUCGGUUGGUAGAUAUCGCGCUGUGGCCUGUUUACCGUUCAGCGUAUCUUGUGGCGAGUUUUGAGUAAGCAGCUCCGGUGUUUCUCUUAGUCUGGUAGUCUGGAGACGACGUGCAUGCGUCUCUGACCGUCUUGAACUUAAUGGUCAAAACAUACAAAGAGGAUGAGGACUCUGACUACCUGGUGGUCGAGAAUCCUAUUGGCAUGGCGCAGCCUGCCCACAGGGCGUCAGACCCUCAGAGCUUCGCCCGGCUUGGAACGUGGUUUAAAUUCAUGCUAGGUACACAGUUUGAUCCCGUUGAAGCCGUUUAUUGGACGAGGACGAGAAAUGAAGUCCUUGUCAAGAUCCCCAAAGGCAAUGACUUGUUCGCGCUUCCAGUAUUAGGACAACAUAUAGGGCCGAGGCCUAAUUUGCCUCCUUCGAAUGUUUACCUCUAUGACUACAAGGCGAAGGGAAAUCCGGCGAACCGAGAUGGCUGGACCGAGACUAUACCGGACGAACUGAAACAAGGCACAAAGAUACCCUUUUCUUUACCGUACCCUCGACCUAAGAGGUAUAAGGGUCACACGAUAUCACAGCCGAUUAAAAGGAUGGGAUGGGCUCUACCGUGGCCGCAAGAUAUGUUGCGCUCCCCUACUCCGGAACCGGUGGUCAAACCGGAAGCACCAGGAGACGCGAAGCCGAAGACUGAAGUAGACGUUAAGCCGAAGACUGAAGUAGAUGUUAAGCCGAAGACUGAAGCGGACGUGAAGUCCGUCGUUCCUACCGUCAAGGCAGAGCACCAAGAUCAAUCAGCCAAACUGAAGUCGAAGAUGGAUCCAUACGAGCAAGAGGAGGCCUCUCUGCAGGCUCUUCGCUCUAAUCACCAUGUCAAACGAGAGCCGGGAAGCGGAUCCGUCAAAGAUGAACCGUCUGAGGAGCACAAACCUUCUCCUGCUCUGUUGGAAGCUUACCUGCAAUGGCGAGGAUCUGCACCUGCAACGAACUCAGCUGGAGCCGGGCCGUCCUCAACAGCGGCGAAUGCUGUGAAAACUGAGCCUGUGGUCAAACCAGAGCCUGGCAUUCCUCCGGCGCGACAAGAUCAAAACCCACAAGCAGCCCCGUCAUCGAACGUCUCUGGAUAUCCCCCCGUGAAACACGAGCCUAAUCAGCCACACAACUUAUACCCACCACCACCGGGCCCACGUCAAUACCCAUACACUGUCAAGUCUGAGCCAGGGCAUGACAAUCUCGGCGCUCAAGGAUACCCUCGCCCACCCGGAAUACCUCACGCACAACAUCAACACUCAGGACCAGGUUUCGUUGAUUCUACCACGGAGGAUACUCCUACCCCUCCAGACGCGAUAUCACUGGGUACAAUCAGCCUCGGCGUGAUACUACCACCCGUGGCGGGCCAGGGGCCUUUCACCCCCGUGAUCUCUAUGGCCCAGGACCAGGAACUCGUAAUCAUGGAGCUCUCCCAUUCCCGCCUCCGGGCGCUCAAUUUGUCGAACGCACUCGGGACCCCAGGGUGGCAAACAGAGGAUAAUCGAAGCUGA